CUAGAUGAUCAACUCCGCUCUGAUGAGCGCAUGCCCACAGCCUCGCUCCUCCUCUAGCAGGUCCCCAUGGUAACGUACGGAGGAGAGAGCAGCUUAGCAACAAGGAGACAGAGAGGGAGCAUCUCUUGUCCAGACAGCGCGGUGCCAUCAACAUUACACUCAAAGGGUGGCAAGAAGACGUCAGCAGCGCCAUUGGCAAACAGUUGUGAACCAGCUUCUCAGUCGUUAUGAAGUUCGUGGUGGUGCUAGUUGGAGCAGGCACUCUGGCCUUCCUUGGCGCGGUCAUCUGCAUCAUCGCGAGUGUUUAUCCACGAAAACGCGGCGAACCUCCCAGCGACAAUAGCACCCUGACAUCGGAGGCGCUGCUCCAGCCCUUAGAACCCGGAUCGGUGGCCCACGCGGGACCGCUGGGUGCUCUCCACGGCGCGGGCUCAUAUGAUGUAGGGAACGGACUUGGCGGCCUCGGCUUGGAGGUUCCCACACUCAACGAGCUCAAUCUUGGGGAGGAGACAGGUGGAGGUUCAGCGAAACAGUUCAGCUUCAGCCGACUGAUCUGCACUCCUGUACCCGUCGGAGAAUGUAAGACCAAAGAUCUGAGACAGCAGCGGGACCAGCAGCAGGCGGAUGAGCCGAUGUAUGGAACCGGAGAUGAAGAUCUCCGGACAACCGCGGAGGAACUCCGGCAGAUGGUGUUGCAACAGAACGACCAGAUACUUAUGGACCAGAGGACCAUUCGGGAGCUGACGGGAAAGCUAAGUGAGUGUGAAAGUGGCUUGGAAGACGAAAGGGGCCCCCCGGCGAGGAGCAUCGGGGUGUGGAGCGGCAACCGCCGCGUCAUGGCCGGAGAUGAGGUGAGCUCCUCCACCGCGGCGCAGCUGCAGACGGCGCGGGCUGUAGAGGAGCUGGCCAGGGCUAUUAUGGACCUGAAGGACCGCAUUGAAAAACUUGAGGCGGAGAUAGGGCCAGCUGCCUUGAACCUAACUGACACAUCUGUGGGUGCCGGCAGCAGCAGCAACAGUGGCAGCAGCAGCCCGACUGGUAACUCUGGCAAGGCUCCAGCUCCUCCCACUGGCAGUGCUUCCUCUUCACCAGUGGGCACUGCCACAGGGGGCCGUCGUCCUACAUCUCCGGCAUCCCCUGGUCCCAAACCUUCCAUUAAAGGUACCCCAGGGCGAGGAAAAAGCACCUGGAGGGUGGAGGACCUGGAGGGGGAGCUAGAAAGGAAAAUAAAGAUGUUGGAAAAGGAGCGGCAAGCCAUGAGGAAGGAGACGCAGGGCCAGCAUGAGAAAAUCAACCAGGGCAUUGACACCGUUACCCACCGUAUCUCUGAGCUGGAACAAACGCUAACAGAGCCACCGUUCCCUGAUGGCUUCGUCCUCUCCUUCCCCAUGCGAACCAACUACAUGUACGGGCUUGUGAGGAAAGAGAUAACUGAGAUGUAUGCCUUCACUGCCUGUGUAUGGCUAAAGGCCAAAGAAGGUGGCAUCGGGACCCCUUUCUCUUACUCUGUGCCAGGGCAGCCUAAUGAGCUGGUGCUGCUGCAGGGAGUCCACAAUCCUGUAGAGCUGCUCAUCAACGACAAGGUGGCACAGCUGCCUCUGUCCUUACCACAGGACGAGUGGCAGCACAUCUGUGUUAGUUGGACCUUGAGAGAUGGGGUAUGGAAGGCCUACCAGGGAGGAAAAAUGAAGGGAAGAGGAGAGGGACUGGCUGCUUGGCAUCCCAUCAAACCUGGGGGAGUCCUUAUACUGGGGCAGGAACAGGAUACACUGGGUGGGCGUUUUGAUGCCUCCCAGGCCCUGGUCGGGGAGCUAUCCCAGUUCAACCUGUGGGACCGCGUACUGAAGCCAGCAGAGGUGGCCGCCCUUGCUGACUGCAGCUCCUCCGCACUGGGCAACAUCGCUCCCUGGACUGACCACGAUGUAGAUGUCUAUGGUGGUGCCACCAAGGAGUCCUUGGACCCAUGCCACGCUGCGCAGCGAUCCAACCCCUCCAGCCCUAAACAGUGAAGGAUGACCAGAGAAAGUCGGCCAGUUUGUGGUCCUGUUUAUUAGAUCAAAAAAAGGUGUCGACUGAGAUGUUUAAAGGGGUGUGAAAUUGGCGUUAAGAGUAUAUUUGCUUGUUGGGAGGUGAGGAGCUUGCUGUGGACUGAGAGACAGCACAAUUAAGUCGUAAAGAGUGGUGUAUCUGUUUUGUUCUUUGUGUUGGUGUCCACGCUCAUGUGUUUACUUCUGCAGUGAGAUAAAGGGAUUUUAGUCUCAGAAUCGCUUUAGCAAAGGCUGCAUGGUGGAUGAACUCCUGGCAUGAACAGUUUUAAUGAAGAUGCUUCAUAUGGUAGUAGAAUGAUUGAAUCUGGUUCAAUGUACCAUCUUCUGUCUUAAUAUGUUGGGCUAUUCAACCUUAAAGGCUUAUGUAGGCAGAGGGAUUUGAUGGGUUUGUAUACAGUUUUGGAAUGAACCUGUAAUGAUGGCAUAUCUAAGGGUUUCAUCAUUUUACAACAUAGUGACACAAAGUUCUGUCUUAUCUCAUCUUGUGUCAGAUUGGUUGUGUUUUAUGCUACAACUGAUUUUUGACAUGCUACUCUAGUAGUAUUGACUUUAUCAAUCAAUGGAAAACAAAAUGACUUUUGUUCAUUUUUAACUGUAUAUUGCCCUGUUGAGUAAUGUCUGUGUGCUUUUAAGUUUUCUAUAUUGCAUACUAUGAUUUGAUAGUUUAUUUAUAAAUGUAUGAAGUGUGCUGUACUUCUGAUAAUGUUGCUUUGUGUUGGUCUGCUCCCCUUGCUGUAAAGCCUGUUACAUCUCAGAAUCCUGCAGUGUUACUGCAUUUUUGGUUUGCACCUAGACAAUGCAGCCCUUUCUUCCAACCACUGAAAUAAACACUUCAUGCCUCACUAAGCGCCAAUCAUACACUGGUUUUAUGAAAUGUUUGAUUAAAACAGCAAUUUCUUGUGAAUAUAAACCAGAUGGAAUGUAAGUACAUUUGCAUGUGUGUAUUAUGCAAAGCCACAUUUUCUGCUACUGGGGGAAAAAUGGUAAUCACACUUUGGGAAUGCAUUUCCUCAAAGAAAGAGAGGGGCAUGUAUGGAGGUGGUUUGAUUCUGACACCUGCUAGCAAACUCAGAUGCACCUGCACCUGGUAUCAUUAGGUGAGAACAAAUUCAAGCUGCUGUCAUGUUUUUAUCUAUCAAAAGCACAGUAAAACUAAAUAAAUAGAAUUUGAAUUAUUUUAAAUGGCAGAAACAACUUGUUUCACUGUCUGAUUCUGGAUUCCUCUGCUUUUACACUGUUGGGGUUUAAGUUAUGUACAGUAUGUAGCUGCAUAAUGAGUGAAUUUGAUAUUUGACAAAGUAAAUUUUUCAUAUUUUGCUAAAUGUACAAUCUAUUGAACCUCUGAACACACAUUUAAAUAAAUUAUUUGGAAAA